AUGGGGCCUUUUGCCAGAAACUCGACGUUCGCCUCAAUCGACCUAAAUUCGAUGAUGCGACAACGCCCCGAAGAGAUGAGUAGACUGCUGCAGAAGGUGGCUGACAUGGUACAAAAGGGGCAAAUCCGGCCAUUGGACACGACAAUCUAUGGGGUCAAUCAAAUCGAGGAUGCAUUGCGGCUUCUACCGAGUGGCCAAUCGAUGGGAAAAGUCGUUGUGAAGGUCGAGAAAGGGGUCACAGUGGAGCCUUUUGCCGAGGUUGCAACGCAUGCUAUUGCCGGAGGUCUUGGGGGUCUUGGGCGGAGCAUCGCACGUUGGAUGGCGAAGAGGGGAGCGCGGCAUAUGCUUCUGCUGUCUCGUUCUGGGGGAGAGCAGCCGGAGGCGGCCCAGUUCAUCCGCGACAUGACCUCGCAAGGCCUCUAG